GCGUCACUGCUCUGCGCCGGAAGACUCUCUUUUCGUGUUCUCUUCUCUCAACAGCUACCUCUUCCCCGGUACAGUAAGAUCCCGGGAUAUGAGCCGGAAGAGGCAUCGCCUGGUCCCGGAGCCCUUUGGACUGAAGAGGCGGCGGGAACGAGGGGAUGUAGAGGUCGAUUCAUUGCGGGGCGAAUCAGGGUCUGCGCGCGCGGCCGUCGCGGAGCUAGUGCGGCUGUUCCCACGAGUCCUGUUUGAGGAUGCGCUACCGCCCAUCGUGUUGAGGAGCCAGGUCUACAGCCUCGUGCCCGACCGAACUGUGGCUGACCUGCAGCUGAAGGCACUUCAAGAGCAGGGGGAGAUCAGAAUCAUCCAGCUAGGCUUCGACUUGGAUGCCCAAGGAAUUAUCUUCACUGAGGACUACAGGACCAGAGUCCUCAAGGCUUGUGAUGGGCGCCCCUAUGCUGGCGCAGUGCAAAAGUUUCUGGCUUCGGUGCUUCCAGCCUGUAGCGACCUUAGCUUCCAGCAGGACCAAAUGACACAGACCUUUGGCUUCAGGGACCCAGAAAUCACGCAGCUGGUGAAUGCUGGAGUCCUCACUGUCCGAGAUGCUGGAAGUUGGUGGUUAGCUGUGCCUGGAGCUGGGAGAUUCAUCAAGUAUUUUGUUAAAGGGCGCCAGGCUGUCCUUGGCAUGGUCCGGAAGGCCAAGUACCGGGAGUUACUCCUUUCGGAGCUCCUAGGCCGGCGGGUACCUGCUGCGGUGAGACUUGGCCUUGCCUACCACGUGCAUGACCUCAUUGGGGCCCAGCUGGUGGACUGCGUCUCCACCACUUCUGGAACCCUCCUCCGCCUGCCGGAGACGUGAGGAUUCUGCUCGUCAUGGCAACCUUCCCCAGAGUGGAGAGAGGGGGGCCCAGGAGUGCUGAGAUGGGGUCACCUUGGGAAGGCUCGGGAGCCACGAUGAGUGUUGGGCUUGCAUCCGUGCAAAGGGUCAGAUGUGACUGCUGCUGUUUACUUGGGGUUUAGGCAAUGCUCCUUUGCCCUUUCACUGAAGUGGAACCAGAAACCGUGCCAAGGCCAUGGCCGCUGCCUUUCAUGCAGUGAGGUGCCGCUGCUCUGUCUUGAGAUGGGAAGGAAGGGUUCCUGGGGAGGCUGGUGAAGGACAGCAGGGUUCUUCCCCUAUAUGUUGGCUUGAAACUGCCAAAUAAAGUACUUCUGCCUGUGA